CAGACGAGCAACAGAUCCGAGCGCAUGCGCACUUCAUUGUUUUGACUGAAAAUGCCGUCGGUUUCGAAAACGGCGGCCAAUGCGUCUCCUCAAACCGAGAAACCUACCCACUAUACAUACUUGAAGGAGUUCAGGACGGAGCAGUGCCCGUUGUUCCUCCAGCACAAGUGUACGCAACACAGACCCUUCACUUGCUUUCACUGGCAUUUUCUAAACCAGCGACGAAGGCGACCCAUCCGAAGAAGAGACGGGACCUUCAACUACAGCCCCGACGUGUACUGCACGAAAUACGACGAGACCACAGGCAUCUGCCCCGAUGGAGACGACUGCCCGUAUCUACACCGUACCACCGGUGACACAGAGCGCAAGUACCAUCUACGAUAUUACAAGACUGGUACUUGUAUCCAUGAGACAGACGCUCGGGGGCAUUGUGUGAAGAAUGGCCUCCACUGUGCUUUUGCUCACGGGCCACAUGAUCUCCGACCUCCGGUUUAUGAUAUCAGAGAGAUACAAGCACAAGAGGCUCUCCAGAAUGGUCAGUUGGGAUCUGGGGAAGGAAUCCCUGACCUGCAGCCUGGUGUUCUGGCCAGCCAAGCUAUGAUUGAGAAAACUCUGACUGAGGAUCCCCGGUGGAAAGAUACCAACUUUGUGUUAGCCAAUUAUAAAACAGAUCAGUGUACCAAGCCGCCAAGACUAUGCAGACAGGGCUACGCGUGUCCCCACUACCACAACAGUAGAGAUCGAAGGCGAAAUCCAAGGAAGUUCAAGUACAGGUCAACUCCUUGCCCUAACGUGAAGCAUGGUGACGAAUGGGGCGAGCCGUCAAAGUGCGACAGUGGAGACAGUUGCCAGUAUUGUCAUUCUCGUACCGAACAGCAGUUUCACCCAGAGAUCUACAAAUCCACCAAAUGCAAUGACAAACGACAAACCGGCUAUUGUCCACGGGGACCAUUUUGUGCAUUUGCACAUGUAGAAAGAAUUCCUUCCACAGAGGAGACCAUGAACUCAUUGCUGUCAGCAAUCCAUUCGAGUUCGCAGUCCCAGCUGGGCUCUCAGCAGUUUUCUGAGUGUCCAAUCGCCGAGUGGAACAGCGGAGCGAACUCUAGCACCAAUAUGACCAGUAGCAACGGACAAGUAGGGCAUAUUAAGAGCAAGGGACACAUGGAUCACAAAUUAAUGGACCAAGAAAAGCAGACACAAAACACUGUAUUCUCUGUGGGGAACCCCUUGGCAUCCAGCUUUACCUCCAGCAUAACAUCCAGCUUGGCCUCUAGUAUUGGCUCAGAUAGCUCUUCACCCACCACCUUAUCAACAAUGAAUGCGAAAGCUACUCCAUUCUAUCCAGGAAGCAACACAGUGGAGUCUGUCAUAGGGUCAGCGCUGGACCUCAAGUUCAGUGACAUUAACGUAGCCUCUCUUGAAAAAGAAUUAGAGGAGCAAGAGGGCAGCUUAGGACUGACGAGUCACAGGGUGCUUGGUGGAUCUGCUCCUGUCAACAUUCCAGGGUCUCUGGCGCGUUCGUCCUCGUUUAAUUCCUCAUCUUCACUCUCCACCUCCCCGCUAAGCUCCCUCUCCCAGUCCCUGUCACAGUCUCUGCUUUCUGGGACGGUUUCCCAGCAAAAUCAGCCUUCAAACAUACUCGCCAAGCAAGAGCAUGGCUUACUGGGAACACCCACCUCUUCCUCCCAGAAUUCUCUGGGCUUAAAUGGAGGGGCAAGUAACAUCUGGGACUUUGUAAGUGGCAGCUUUUCCCCAAGUCCAUCGCCGGUUUUUAGCACCCUAUCCUCCACAACCAGCAGUGCAGACGUGGCACGUCUUUUUAGAGAGUUGGAUGAAGCCAAGAGGAAGAUCAAGCAAUGGGAGGAGGCCUGGCAUCAGGUUAAACAAGCCUGCGAAGCUUGUCAGAAGGAUGCUCUGGAAGCAAAGGAACAAGCGAAGGCCGCCGAGGCAGAGCGGCAGCUGGCAGAGCAGAAAUGGGAAGAAACCGAGCGCAAGCUGAAGGAGCUCCAGGGGGACUUUGAUAUGCUUUGCCGUACCCCCGGAACGCCGCUUCUACGUAGCUACGGGGAGCUGGAGCAGCUCCCCUUGUCAAAGCUUCACUCCAUUCAGAGUCAGCUACGUAAUGACCUAGACCUUAUAGAUGGGGUAAUAUAUCAGCUUCAGUCAAAGAAAUGUAUAGUUUGCCAAAAGCAUGAUCGUUGCGUUGUGCUGCAACCUUGCCAACAUUAUGUACUAUGUAAGACCUGUGCGCCUAGUAAAACAGAAUGUCCUUAUUGUAGAACAAAAAUAUUAAAGUGGUGAUGUACAGUAACUCAAGGUACUAUUUAAAGAAUUAGCCCUUUGGAAAACUACUAAUAGAUAACACAUUUUCUAAACAAAUUUUCUUGUAGUGGUUGAAUUAUAUUAGAGUGAAAUUAUGUUUGACUGACAAAGCCAAUAGUAUUAUAACUAAGGUCACAUAUAUAGAAUUAAUUUGUUUCUGCUCAUGUUAUUUCCAUGUUACAUUAGUUCCCAGUUUGCACUUAGAUUAAAAUGACAAUUUGCCCAUAAUUUAUAUCUAUCACAACUAAGACACUUUUAAGCUGAACGUCUUUUCUCCAGAUGCUUACAUUUUGGCUAAUUUGCGAAAUUUUGAUGAUUCUUAAAACAGAUAAAAGUCCAAUUAUCAAUCACAAACCCGACAGACAUUACAGCAAAUGCCCAGUCGAGGUUGAAACACUUUAACUAGUAAACACGGUGAAGUCUUCUCGCUCUAAUCAGUGUGGGUUUCUGUUAGGGGGAAUUAAUUUUUUUUUUUUUUCACCAUUUUCUGGCAGCAUUCUCAUCUCUGGAAGAACUUGAAGUUGCCUGGAACUAAAUAUUUGAAGCAAUUGUAACUCAAGCUUCUCAGUGAAUAUCUUCGAAACCAGUAUAAAGCUAAGUUAAGUGUUUAGUUAGUUUGGUGCAUUGUUGUAAUCAGAAUUACUGCAGUGAAUAUUUUAUAAAAAACAAAAACCUACUACUUAACGGUGACCUUUACACACAAACUAACAUGGGUUUUUAGCAUAAAAUGGGGCAAAACACAAAUGAGGAACAUGUGUAAAUAAAGAAAGCAUUUCACAUUACAUCUACAGCUUAUCCUCCAAUAAUGACAAGUAUUUGAUUUGAAUUUUAAAAUAAAGCAUUUUGGUAAGAAUAUUCUGCACUUAAUAAAAAACACACAUUUAGUGGUGUUUUAGUACUAUAUUUAAAUAUGCAGUUAAAGAGAGUAAAAGGGUUCCUCUUCAAUUGAAACUGUUUUUAACCAUUUCUUUUAUAUGCGACCAGUCAAACAUGAUUUUUGACCAAGUUUUGAAAGAAGUUUGAUUUCUUAUUAAGAGCACUUUGUUAACCUGGGACUUAAUUAAUGGGUAUAUAGUAAUUUGCUUUAAGCUGUUUCGUAGGUAUUUUGUUGUCUCGUUUUAGAUUUAUACUUUGUUUUUCUACAUAAGCUAAUGUCUGAAGCUUCUGUGUGUACUGUGAAACAUUUGAAUAUUCCUUGUUUCAUAUUGUUAAAAAUCACAGCAUGGUUCUGCAUAUUAAGAUUUCAUAGAAAAAGUGCUUAAUAGUUUCUACUGUAGUUAGAUUUAUAAAGUUUUAAUCAAUUAAGUGCAAAUUCAAAACUGCAUUGUAGGCAUAACCAGCAGCUGUAAUAUCAGUAAGGCACAUGCUACAUGUUAAAGGCUGUUUUUCAAUCAGUAAAGUUUGUUAUGUAGAAAUAAUAAAAAAAAAUAUUCAUUAGAGAAGCAUGUAUUGUACUUGGUAUAAGCCUAAAGUGGUGAUAUUUUUGGUUUUUGUAGGAAUCUAGCCUCCUGACUUUGUCUAGAACAUAUCGGCCUCUGACUCUAAAGUGCCUUGCCUUAGUUGAAAAGGUUGUGUGUAGAAUCAAAGCAAACACAGGUAGUUAAAGCUUGUGCACAGGUUUAUGCGUGUUUAACUUUGCAAAAGUAUCAACAUGUGUAUGACUACAUGUGUAUAAGAGUAUAUUCCAUUAUUUUUGGCCAAAUUCCAGUAAGUAUUUGUGCAGAAAGCAGAGGGGUAGGGGGGGGGGGAUAACAUUUCGAACUUAAACUGUCAGUGCCUGCGUCCUGACCCUUAAAAAAAAAUAAAGCCUCCAUGCUCUCCUCCAAGUUAACCAGCCAGCAGCUCAUUCCUUGGUUGUGGUGCUCUUUUGGUGCAGCUUCACUCUUUGAAAUUAGGUAUUACAAUUUUUACAUUUGGGAGUAUGCAAACUUAGGACACAUUGAAUUUGUACAGAAAUGCUUUUUUUUUUUUUUUUUUUUUUUUUUGUGAGUAGUUGUUUUUCUGAAAGAUUUCUGCAGUAAAUGAAGUUUGAUCAUGAGAUGGGUUUUGCAUAGGAUUUGUGCUUCAGUUCCUCUAACUGAGAAGACCUUCUACUGUGUAAAAAAAAAAAAGAGGAAAAGAAAUAAGGCAAAAACCUUUUAUUCUUGCUUUAAAUUAAGUAGAAAAUCAUGUAUCUGAAAGUAAACUUUUUUGCUACUUACGAAUAUGGGAUAAUGCAUUGUUUACAUUCUCACAAAUGACAAUUAAGCAACUCAGAGGAAAAAUGUCAUAAACUUUACUGCGUUUGAGCAUUUGUAUGAUCAUAUUGCAGCAUAUAGGGCAGGCUAAACACUUCUGGUAUUGCAUGUUAUGCGAUAUGGCUACCACCUACAAUUAAAGUACUAAAAAAUGUCUGCACUGUGUCACACUGCCAGGAUAUUUGUAUUGACUUCUAAUAAGGCUUAAAUACUUCUGCAAGCUUCGCUGCUGCUGGAAAGGGUAUUAAUGUAGUUUCUUCUGAUACAGUUAGAUGUUUGAAUGUUGUACAUCCACUCAGAUUUCAAUUAUAAAAGUCUUUAAUGCAUCUUAAUCUUUUGAUUGAUUCAUUCGUAAAUCCAUUUGCAACGUUUUUUAGUACUUUUGUAAUUCACAUAAAACAAUGUCAUUGAGCUGUACUACUUAUAGAUUGUUGCUUUUUUUUUUCUUUACUGUAAUUGAUAAAAAAAAUUCUCAUAUUUCAUUAGGCUUUGUCAUCUUCUGUAUACUUGAUACAGUGGUGUACAGUGCAGCUAAUUCACAGAAUCCUUUGGUCUGUUUUGUUUUUGUCUGUAAAGCCAACGAUGCUAAAGAUGUCUUGUGUGAAAAAUGUCAAAAAUGAACCAAAGUGGUGUUUUUAGUAGCUGUCCAAAUGGCGUGCACUGUAAAGAGAAAAAUCAAGCCUUGAACAGAAUUUCAAGGACGCUCUAGCUUCGGCCAGAUUGGCUGUUUUCUAAAUCAUAGUUGAAAGCACAAAGGUUAUUUGGAUGAAACGUUUCAGAGCAGCUGAAAUUCUGUUUUUGGAUGGAUUUUUGUUUCAAUGUUUAUUCAGUAAGGUGUAAAUUCUCUAGGAGUCGGUAACGCGGCUCGUUUUGCUUCGAUGUCUAAUGGACUCUGUUUUAUUUUUUGUUUUACCAAAGACUUAGGUUGGUUUCUUACAUCUCCCAAACCCCCUACUGCUCUUCUUCACUUCUGUAGGAAGUCUAAAUUGGUUGAAUUAAAGAGGUAAUUCACCUAGUACCUUAAUAGAUAAAAUUCUUUGUUUUGUUUUUUUAGCUAAAGUCAUGAGUUUAUACACAGAUGUUCCAAAAUGCAUGAGUCUAAUCCUAGCAAAAUGUUUGUUUUUAUGGCAGAGUUUCCCUCUACUGGCCGACUUUAAGUGCAGAUUCAGUGUCAGUUUAGUUGUUGUCAGUAGAAAAUCAUGAUUCAGUGAAGACAUGUCUUGGUAAAUUAUCUUUUGUGCUUCUGAAGUGGCCAUAUAAGCUCUAUAAAAUCUCUUUUGACUUUGCUUUAUCUAAAUAGUUAUGAAAUCAGCAGGUUUGCUUUUUGAUUGUUAUGGCAGGCCUACAGUGACUGUAAGGUGCUUCCUUUGUGAAUUCAUAUGUUUUAUUAUUUGUUUAACGGAUGCUCAAAUUAAGUUUAUUUGUUUUCUUUCCCAGGACAGAAAAUGAUUGUGAAGCAUCAAUGACAGAUACAGACAAAAAUUUAACUCAUUUGCUUUUGGCAGUUUGCCAUGUGUGUUAAAUCUUUCAAGAAAUCCACUUGGCCUAUUUAAAAUUUUUGUUAAAAAAGAAAUGAAAAAAAUACAGAUAAAUAGGUGCUCAUUUGGUUUUUGCGGCUUUCAUGUCAGCGUCCCCCCCCCUUAUUUUAUCUCUUAACGGACCAAUUAAUUUCAUAUAAAUCUGUGCCUUUAAUAAUUACAUAUUGUUGAUUGACUGACUUAAGAGGAAAUGCAUCUUUAAUCAGAAUCAAAAUUUUAGUGCCUUACAGUAAUUUUUGAGGACCACAAUGCGGUUCCUGACGGUCCUGAGCAUUUAGGCCAUGUGAGCUGAAAGGAAAAUUGCAAAGCUAAUGAGACUCGUUUCCGCAGUCUGACCAAAUAAAACAAAAUAUUUCAUCAUCUUUGCCAAUCUUUGUCUGUAUUUGCCAUACAGGAUCUGAAACCUGAAAUAUAUAACCACUGAAUUUACCUGAAUUAUUUGUUCUGAAUGAGGUAUUUGACACAGAAAUGUCUUUUUAUUUUUGUGGUAAUGAAAAGCACCAAAUAGGAAGACUUGUAAAUGAAUAUUAAUACAUGUAACAUGAUGCUCUGCUCUACGUUGGAAUAGUUUGAUCUGUGUUCCUUUGUUACUUGCGGUGUCUUUUUUUUUGUUUUUUUUUUUUUGUUUUUUACUACUUAACCUUUAUGAAAAUGGAGCCAGAAGAUUUAUGCAAUCUUGUACAUUUAUGAGUGUGAUGUAUGAAGCUGUUCAAAUUAAGCAAAACUAUUAGUAGGAAGUCAAAUUAAUCUAAACAUGGAACCAACUGGUUUAUGUACUUUAGAAAUUUGCGACAUGGUAUUUUAAUAUCAAAGCCAAGAAAUAAUGAAUGUAUUCUAAAUUAGAUAUUCAGCUAAUAGACUAGGGAUUAUGAAGCGCAAUUAAUUGAUUAUGAUGUAGCAUUUAGCUGUGAACUGCUAUUCAAUAAAAUAUAUUAGAACUUUAAAAAUGCAACUUUUCAAGUUUCUAUUUGUCAGAAUAAAAUAAUUUAAAGAAAUGUGCUUUUUUAAAAGGUUACCUUGGGAAUUUUAACAGAGAAUGUGUUAAAUCUAAGAAAACCGCAUCUCAUGUCAGUGGGUUUAGUCAUUAUUUAUAGAUUAUAAUAUGUCCCGUCUUUGUGACAAGCUGUAUGAAUAUGUAGGAAAAUCUAUUCUGAUAACUGUAGAAAUGAUUCUGUUUGUAUAUCGAUAUAUAUUUUUUUGUGUUGUGAACACAAAAGCAGGUCCAAGUUUUAGAAUGCUAGAUUUUUUUUUUCUACAUUGAAGAUUGUGUUUCACAGUUACUGUAGUGUUUUAUUAGUUUGUUAACACAUGUUAAUUUGUUACACUACAGUUAUGCAAUGGUUUACAGAGUUCACAAAUUAUUUUUAUCAUCUUGAGAAUUAAAAUAAUUUUUCAUCCGAA